CUGCCAGGUCUCUCUGGUCUCCGUGGGGGUCCCGAACCGGUGACGGGCCGCUCCAGCUGUUUCCCGCUACUCUGGCUGGUUUCCUGUACUAAACCGGCGGACUACCCAUCCCCAUCCGGGGCCUUGAGACGGGCGCAUGCGCACUGCUGGCUCAGUUGGUGGCGCCGUUGUCGCAGCGGGACAAGAUGGCGGCUGAGGGGCUGGAGGCGGCGGGGAGCUCAAGCUGUGGCGGAGCCGGGAACGAGAGGGCCCUCGGCGGGGGAAGCGAGGGCGGGGAGAGCGGCCGGGACGUUGGCGGUCCCAACCAAGAUUUGCUCCCAAAACCGCCAAGUGACAGUACCAGUAAGCAGGAAGACACCAAAGCAGUGCAAGGGUGCAAUGGAGUUAAUGCUGAAGCCAGCAUGUCAGGGCUCAAGGACCCAUAUGCAAGUGAAGAGAACUGUCCAUAUCCUGCCUCCGAGGAAGAACACGCAGCAGUGGCUACCCCUGUGGCAGUGGAAGAAGCCUCCCUCUCAUACCCUCUGGAGUUUGAGAAGUACUGGAAGGCAGCUCAGGAGAAUCCUCAUGACUUCACGGCAUGGACCGAACUGCUGCAGUAUGUGGAACAAGAGAAUCACAUCUUUGCAGCACGAAAAGCCUUUGACGCCUUUUUUGCUCGCUACCCCUACUGCUACGGCUACUGGAAGAAGUAUGCAGACAUGGAGAGGCGCUUCGACUUCAGCAAGGAGACAGAAGAGGUGUUCGAACGAGGGCUGCAGUCCAUCCCCCUCAGCAUGGACCUCUGGAUCCAUUACAUCUCUUACCUACAGGCCACCUUAGAUAUGAACCUUCCUGAGUCCAUACAGAAGAUCCACAGUGUGUUUGAAUCAGCCGUGGCUGCUGCAGGAAUGGACUUCCGCUCAGACAAACUGUGGGAGAUGUAUGUGGAGUGGGAGAAGGAGCAAGGUGAUCUGAAGGCCAUCACAGCCAUUUAUGACCGAGUGCUCUCCACACCGACCCAGCUGUACAGCCACCACUGGGAAAAGUUCAAGGAACAUGUGAUGAGCAACUCCCCCAAAGACAUCCUAUCUGCAGAGGAGCUGCUCUGGUUGCAAUCCAAGAUCACCACGGAGACGGUACAGAAAAGUGUGGAGACAGAGGUGGAGGAGGUGCCACCUGGGGAAGACCUGCCUCCGGGGGUGGAAGUGAAGCCAGAAACAGGAGCUGAUGCCCAGGGAGACCUGAACCAGGACAAGAUCCGGGAGCUCGUUAUCUCCAUCCGGCAGCAAGUGUACACCCAGAAUGAGGCAGAAGUCAGCAAGCGCUGGAAUUUUGAGGAAGGGAUCAAGAGGCCAUACUUCCAUGUCAAGCCGCUGGAAAGAGCACAGCUGAAGAACUGGCGCGACUACCUGGACUACGAGAUUACCAAUGGCUCCCACGAGCGCACCAUUGUGCUUUUUGAGCGCUGCGUCAUUGCCUGUGCCCUCUACGAGGAGUUCUGGAUCAAGUACACGAAAUACCUUGAGAACCACACUGUGGCUGGGGCCAGGAGUGUCUUCCAACGAGCUUGUGGCUACCAUCUCCCCAGGAAGCCCAACAUCCACCUCCUGUGGGCUGCAUUUGAAGAGAAGCAAGGAGACCUGGAGGAGGCACGUCGCAUCUUGAAGUCUUAUGAGGAGUCCAUCCCAGGGCUGGCUAUGGUUCGGCUGCGGAGAGUGAGCCUGGAGCGGCGACACGGCAACCUGGAGGCAGCUGAGGCUCUGCUGCAGGAAGCCAUACGGGACAAUGAGGGGAUGCCCCUGGCUUCAUUCUAUGCCAUCAAGCUGGCCCGACAGGUGCUGAAAGUGCAGAAGAAUCUAAUAAAGGCUCGGAAGGUUCUCAUGGAAGCACUAGAGAAAGAUCCGGAAAAUGCAAAGCUCUACACCAACCUCCUGGAGAUAGAGUUCAGUGCCGAUGUCAGGCAGAAUGAAGGCAACACCAUGAACUGCUUUGAAAGAGCGCUGAGCAGUGGCCUCCCUGAGGAGACCAAGAUUGUCUUCUCACAGCGCAGAGUGGAGUUCCUUGAGGACUUUGGGUCCAGCAUACACAGCUUGCUGACAGCGUAUGAUGAACACCAGAAGUUCCUCAAACACCAGAUGACCAGGAAAAGAGCCCCUGAGAAUGGCUGCACUGAUGAACCAGAAGACAAAAAGCUGAGAGCUGAGGACUCUCCUGGGAUGGUCAGCCCUGCAGUCACUACUGCAGGCAUCGCACCACUGAUGGGUGGAGAUAUGAGUACCAAUCCAGGAGCUGCUUAUAACUACAGCACCUGGUAUCAGAACUACGGCGUCUACGGGUAUCAAAAUCCAUGGAACUACAGCCAAUAUUACUCUCAGAGCUGAAAGUGACACCAUGUGAGAUGCGUGACCAGUUCUAAAGAUCAAGGAGCAGCCACUUUACACUUGCUUCCAAGAAAACAAGAAGUGAAAGGAAAGUGGCUGUUGACUGUUUGUAAGAGAGGGAAACUGAACUGCCUUGUUAAAAAGCCCCAUUUCUCCUCUCAUUGCAGUGAGCUGCCCUAACUCCUUCUUUAGGCCACAUUAUGAACCGGGUUAGAUCAUGUCUGGCCUUCACCUCCAAUGGCAGCCAGAGUGAGCACUGCCUCUUUGCACUGAACUGAUCUCUUUUAGAUGGAAAUGUCUAAGAAUCCCUUCCUGUAUACAGUGAACUCAAACUGGCCUCACUGCAACACCAUGGGGAUCCAAAAGCUGAACUCAUUUGGCAGCAGCAACAAAGGAACAAUCCCUUAUUGCAGCUCAUAGAGCAGAACAUUUUUUUUAAAUUAACUUUAUUGCAACAGUCAUACAGGGAAGGGUCAUUUUGUAAACUUUUCCUGUACAUUUCAUGUGGUAUAAAUAAACGUGCAAUUAAUCAGA